GGGGGGGGGGGAGCGGGCGGAGGGGCGAGUCACUUCAUCUCACUCCCAUGUUCCAGUCCUGAGCCGUUCAAACGAGAACGUUGUGCUUUUGAACUCAUUAUGCCCUUGGAGCAGCUGCUUUGAAGCGACCGAGCUGCAAAAAACAGCUGCCUUGGUAUACAACAAGCCUGUCACACACACACACACACACACACACACACACCAGGUAGUUGAACUGCCUGAACACCCUCCUGCAUGACCAAGGACCGUACAUUAGCUCGUCCAGUGAGGAUGAUUUUGUGCGAUGGCGCGCUUGCUGCGCUGUCGCCCCAUUAAGAUGCUUCGGCGCUGAUUAAGAGUGUCGCUAAGAGUGGGCGCCACCCACAUACGCUUCAUUGCGGGCGUGAGAGCGUACUUGUUACCAAGUUAUGCCACUGCAUUAACGACCACUGGCUGCUGUGGUAUGGUGAAGUGUUUCUUCAUCCCGUUACGUAACGAUGCGCCCCUCCACCCUGACAGUAGCAGCAGCAGCAGCAUCCGCGCGUCACGGACACUCACGCGGGCCUGUCUCAAGCAUUGUACCAGUGUGCAAGGAAUGUAAACAGCGUCGGUCAACGCUUUUCAGAGCAUUCACGAAAAAACGAGAGAGAGAGAGAGAGAGAGAGAGAGCGAGAGAGAGAGAGAGAGAGAAUGAGAGCAGCAGGUCCGGUACACUAGCGAAGCGCUUCACUAGCAAAAGCAAAAUCCGAUUGCUAGCAACGACAACCAUUAAUUGAUGCACAUUUAUAAAUCCGUCUGUACUGUGUGAGUGUGUUGUGUCAUCCCGCGUUUGUAGUGUUUUGUGUGCUCUUGUUCUGUGUGUGUGUGCCGUCACUGGAGCGGGGAGCUUCAGUGGACCGAGCAAAGUGUACUUCUGAACUACAAUCAAAGCAACAGAUUGGCGUUGUUUCGUAUUCAUAUACAUGCACUCCCUGCGCUUCGAGCGUGCUGUGCCCGUGUAAAGCAAGCACUUUUCUAGCUAGUUCUCGCCAUCGCUUCGAGCUACCAGUGGGCACCUGUCUCCUGGAUGGAGCAGAACCGUAAACCGGCCCGUCGCUCUGGUGUGGACGCGUGUGGUACAGUGAGCGUGCGAACCUGCUGCCCGAGCAGCAACGUAGACGGACCCGGCCCGGUACAGUGCGCCACCACCGUGCGCAUCUCGACAGCGUCGCUCCGCAACUAAACGCUCGCUCCCGUUCUCCCCAGCCCCUCCUUUCCCUACCCCUACACGAAAAAAAAAAACACCCACCGUGCGCCCACUGCCGGUCACCAUUUUCGGCGCGAAGCGAAACGAAACGUUGGACGGUGCGAAGGCGAAGAAACCAGCCGACGACGACGGCGACGACGACGACGGCGGCGACGGUGGCGACAGUGACGACGGUCCCGGCGAGGAGGAAGAAGAGGGCGAAGUGAGGGACGAGGUCGGGCAGGACGAGUCGAAGCAGCUGCUGCGGCACGCGGCCGGCAGUGCGCUAGCGCCGCACCCCGCAGUCCCGCACGCCCCCCGCUCGUCGUCGUCGUCCAACGCUACGCGUGACGGGCCCGGCCGGAAAGCGACUGCCAGACUGUUCCGCUGCUGUUUGCCGUGCCGCGGCGACGGAGGCGGAGGUGGAAGUGGAGGAGGAGGAGGAGGACGAGGGGCCAGUGCCCGGAGCAGCGGUAGUGGGGCGAGCGGCGAAACGCUAAAGGACACUGAGAAGGGCGCCCUAAGAAGCGGUACCGGCCGGGGCCGAGACCGGGGCGACGGCGUCGGCCGAGGAGAAAGAGGACGAAGAGGAGGAGGAGGAGGAAGUGUUGAGGAGUCGAUUGGUUGUGGUAGCGGUACCGGCAGGGCGGACGGCACACCGGAAAGCGCCGCCGGUGUCGGUGACAGCGGCGGCGGCGUCGGCGGCACCAACACUCCUGGUGACGCGGUGGCGAUGGCAACGGUUGUGUCGGGCGACGGGAAGCAGACAACUGGUAGCCUGACAACCACCACCACCACCACCACUACCACCAUUCUGACCGGUAAUGGGCGGCCGCGGAACAGCACACGGGGCGUGCUGCAAGCUUCCCUGGCCAAGCAGGAGGAAGACGACGACGAGGAAGCGGACACGGACACGGAGAUGCAGGGGCAGCAGGACGACAGUGACGCUGGUGUCCCACCGAGGGAGAUGGUCGGCCCCGAGCCGGGCACGGUCCAGCCGCAGCACCCGUACGCCAUCGGGCUGCUUGCGGGCGGGGCCGGGCUGAUGGGUGGGUCGGGCCGCCCCGGGGCCCAUCAGCGGCCGGCCGGCCGGCAUCGGGGCACCUCGGCCCAGCAGCAUCCGCAGUCGCUGCCCCACAUACGGGAGGAGCGAAAGCGCAACGGCAGCGCGGAUGCGACCGUGCGGCGGGAGGCAGACGACGAAGCCGACACGAGCGGCUCCAUGAUGGAGGAGGAGGAGGAGGAGGAGGACGAAGAAGAGGAAGAGGCAAGGGCGGGGGAAAGUUUGGAAGUCGG